AUGGGCCACAUAGAAGAAGUGUGUAAGGGUAAUUUAGGCAAUCUUGCAGAGGAACCAAUUUGUGAAGAUAUUGAUGGACAACAAAGUGUAAGACUCGAUGAAUUUGAAGCAUUUACAGAUGAUUAUUCAACUUAUGCCGACUUUGAUGCUGAGUACAGUGUACCAAAUGGUGAAGAGAAUCAAGUAGAAAUUGAAAUUCUAGAGGGCAUGGUAAGUGAUGAUAGUAGAGAUGCUUUCUAUAGUCAGAAUGAAGAUGGUUCUGAUUAUAGUGGAGAUGAUUCUGAUGAUAGUGACUACAUUGUACAUGAGUCUAACUUGCAAUUUGAUGGAGAUGUAGACAUGAGUGAAUUCCAAAGUGCCGUGGAUGGAGAUGAACAUGGAAUUUUAAACAAGCAAAACCGAAAGUAUAGGGAAUGA